AUGUUUUCAAUUCUAAGUGCUGUAUUUAUUAUCUCCUAUCAUUCAUUACCAUUAACAGCAUUUAAUCAACGUAAAGCUUGGCAUUCAUCAGGUUCUACACAUCAAGAAUUAAUUGAAAAUUUAUAUAAAAAUGGUUUAAUCACAGAUGAACGUAUUAAAAAUGCAAUGUUACAAGUUGAUCGAGCUGAUCUUACUAAUGACAAAUUUGAUGCUUACAGUGAUCGACCACAAUCAAUCGGUUAUGCAGUAACAAUAAGUGCACCACAUAUGCAUAGUUUUGGAUUAGAAAUUCUUAAAGAUAAACUUCAACCUGGCGCAAAAGUUCUUGAUGUUGGUUCAGGUUCAGGAUAUUUAACAGCUUGUAUGGCACAUUUAGUUCGUCCAGGUGGUAAAGCUAUUGGUAUUGAACAUAUUCAAGGACUUGUUGAUAAAUCAAUUAUAAAUAUAAAUAAACAUAAUAAAAAUUUAAUGGAUGAAAAUAAUUUAGAAAUUCAUAAAGGUGAUGGUCGACAAGGUUAUAUUAGUGAAGCACCUUAUGAUGCUAUUCAUGUUGGUGCUGCAGCAUCUGGUACACCAUAUGAACUUAUUCGUCAAUUAAAAGUUGGUGGACGACUUGUUGCACCUGUUGGAAAUAGUUUUGGUCAAGAAAUGAUAACAUACGAUAAAAAAUCUGAUGGAACAUAUUACGAACAAAGACAUAUGGCUGUUAUGUAUGUUCCAUUAACCGAUGAAAAAUCUCAAUAUGUUAAAUCAGGAGGACGAAAACAAAUAUAA